GAAUAUCUAUUUGAAUUUGUCACUCGAGCCGAAGACACUGCCGGCGUGUAUGUCUCGUCAGUUCGCUCUGCAAUGUCUACAAGUGUUCUUAUUGUCAUUAUUAUUCUACUCGGCGCUGUUAGUUUCUUUUUUCGAAAGAAAAAGAACUAUCCACCAGGACCCUUACCAUGGCCGGUAGUUGGGAACUUACCACUGUUUCGAAGGUUGUCUCGCAAAUUUGGUGGCCAAGAUCACGCUUUGCUAGAACUUUCUUGCAUAUAUGGUAGCGACCUGAUUGCACUUCGUGUCGGAUCCAACGACCUCAUUGCGGUUUCGGGACAGGAAGCUAUUCAGCAAGUUCUACACAACGAGGAGUACGAUGGACGACCAUGGAACGAAUUCAUUAAUCUACGAAACUUUGGCCGUAAAAAUGGAAUAACAUUCAAUGAUGGGCCGAAUUGGCGAGAAAUGCGCGCAUGGCUCGUAAAAAAUUUGCGAGUACUGGGUCUAGGCCGGCGUCAAAUGUUAGACUUGAUGACACAGGAGCUGAAUGACAUACUGGAAAAGAUUAAAGACGGUGGUGUACGCAACCUUAGCAAAAUCAUAGCGCCAGCGGUGAUAAAUGUCUUGUGGACUCUCACUACAGGAAAAAAAAUUGACGAUACUCAGAGAAUGCUGUACUUCAUAGAUCUGAUGGAGCGACGUUCCCAAGCCUUCGACAUGACUGGUGGUAUUUUAUCUGCUUUGCCCUGGAUCAAGUACAUAGCCCCUGAAAAAUCCGGAUACAACCUGCUUACCCAAGUCAACAUGGAGUUCAAGAGAUUUUUCAUGGAAACAAUUGAGGAGCAUAAGAAAAAUUACACUGGAAAGGAACAAGAUGACUUGAUAAACGUGUUCUUCAAAGAAAUGUAUUCAGAAGCAAAUUCCGAUGGACUUUUUAACGAAAAUGAAUUGCUGAUCAUAAUGAUGGAUCUCUUCAUCGCCGGGAUAAACACUACUAGAACGACAUUGAAUUUCCUAUUUCUGAACAUGAUAGUAAACCAGGAUGUUCAAGAACGGCUUCACCAAGAGUUGGACAAGGUGGUUGGUUUCGGUAGAUCUCCGGACCUCAACGACAGAAAGAGAUUGCCAUACACAGAGGCUGUCCUGACGGAGUCGCAAAGGAUGUGUUUGGUCACACCUUUAAUAGGGCCACGCCGCGUUCUUCGAGAAACUAAACUUUCGGGCUACACGAUACCGCAAGAAUCAACGAUGAUUCUGAACCUCACGAGCAUACACAUGAAUCCGGAAUAUUAUUCUGAACCGGAUAUCUUCAAACCGGAGAGAUUCUUACAGAACGGUGUUUACGUCCCAGACAAGCAUCUCAUCCUCUUCGGUGAAGGAAAACGACGCUGUCCGGGCGAAAUCCUGGCGAGAUGUGCCAUCUUCCUACUCUUCAGCGGCGUAAUGCAGCGGUACCGUUUACUUCCGGAUCCUGGAGAAGAGCCCCCAACGCUGGUCUGUUUACCAGGUCUCACAAUUUCGCCGAAACCGUACGAUGCUCUCCUCAUUCCGAGACAAGCGGCUCCUUCGUCUGUCGAUCUACCAAAUUGACCUGAAAGUUCGAUGGCCAGAAAGUUAAAUUCGAACCAUCGGCUCCUGUAUUCUUUAGGAAUUUACGCGAGGUCUGUAUGAAAUUAUAUGUUCAACAGUUUGUCGACCUACAACGUUUGUAUCGAUUUAUGCAUUAUGUAUACGAUAUACGAUAAUAUACGAGGGAUUUCUUACGG